GGUGCACUCAUUACUCACUGCGCCGGUGGUUCUGUGAGGAGACCUGAGUAACAUGAGUUGUUUGGGGUCCUGAGGAUCGAGUUUGAGAGACUAUGCUGUAGAGUUAUUAUGUGAUUAGGAGCUGUGACUGUUCUGCUGUAGAUAAGUCUCCAUCAUAUGUGAUAGGCUCCUUUUUACCCCUUCUAGGUGUUUAGUGUCAGUGCUUUUCCUGCUAGAGGUGGUACUUGCCUUGAUUGAAGAUUUGUGCUUCUUGAAACGAGUAAGGUCCCUCAAUUUUUAUGGUGCACCACCUGCUAGGUGGUGCUGGAAAUUAUUUCCAAUUUGGACCCACAUAUGAUAGAUGUUUGCUUGAAAAACAAACUUUGGAAAUUGCCGUGUCAGAGGCCAAAUACUGUGACAUCCCUGGAACACAGUCCUGCUGUGCUAUAUAACCAGGCUUUCUAAUUGUGAUGUCACUGUAGGAGGCUUAUGACAUAAGUGAGUAUCCCAAGAGACUCCCAUACAGCCAGUAUUGAUGAUUACUAUACUCCGUGAACUCCUGCAUUACCGUCUAUAUCACAGUGCGGAUUACUGAUUCAUAUUUGUUAUAAUACAAAAUAUUGUUUUACUACAUGAUCCAAAAAUGGCCUCUGGUUCAACUCAGGAGAUUAGAAAAUCUAAAGCAUAUGACUCAGGGAGUAUUCCUACACCCAGCCCGAGGAACUUAUCUGCAGCCAAGAUGUCAAGUCUAGAACAAAGUGAUGCUCAGAAGCCAAGCGACAGGCCAGAUUCACAUCACAAUCCUGACCAUCCAACCUCCACAGCCCUAGAAGGGGGGAAGCAGAACCUGACAGCGUUGUCACAGGAGGUGGAUUAUCUGAGACAAACCAAUAAAAAGCUGCAAGAAGCGCUGAUGAGCAGGGAGAGAGAACUGGACACACUCAAGUUGGAUGCAGAGCUGUUGGAACAAGCGUCGCAGGCCAGGAUAGCUGAGAAGACUGCAGCACUAGUGGAAGAAGUGUACCGUGCUCAGCGCGAGCGAGAUGAGGCUGUUAUGGCUCGACUUAGAUUGGCAAACCAAGAGCGGGAUGAAGCCCUGAUCCGUGUCCAGCAACUCCAGCUAUUCCUCAGAGAGCUGGAUGAUAUUAACCCUGAAGAUGGUGACAUGGAAUGUUUCCCUCAGACUCUACAGGAAUUGCUGGGCAGACUGGGGGAAGCAGAAGGCGGCACUGACAUUCAGCAGAAUGGAGAACUUAUUUUGGAACGUAUCAGGAGGAGUCGGGAAAGACGAGAACAAAUCACAGCUGAGGAAAUGGGCGCAGUCAUCCAAGAGCGGGAUGCAACCCGUGCCCAGUGCAAACAUCUGGAAAAGGAGCUUCAUCUGCUGAGGGAGACCAAACAGAUCUGUACAGAUAUUGUAGCUGCGCAGAAGACCUUUGAUCCAGCUUCCAAGGCUCCUCCGCCUUUUCUUCAGCAUGAUCAGGACAAGGUGAUUGAAGAAUAUAAAACGCUAGAAGAAGAACUCCAGAACCUGCGCAUAUAUUACAGCUUGCACCAGUCCUUGUCUCAAGAAGCAGAUCUAAAGGAGCAGUUCUCCAGGGCAAUGACCCUAUAUGAUGAAGCUUUGAGAAACCGAGCAGAGCUGCUCAGAAUAACUCGGCAGCAGAAUGAAGAGUUGGGAUUCCAGCUGUACGAAGUGCAGAGCCAGAAUACAGAGAUGAAGGAAUCUGUGCGCAGAGCAACUGCUGGCCAACAGGAGAUGGAGGAGAAGGUGCAGAAAUUGGAACGACUGGUCGAUGUUCUACGGAAGAAGGUUGGAGUUGGAAAUGUCCGUACAGUGAUUUGAAUUACGUCCGUGUACAGACUGAUAUCAGCCGACUCUCAUCGGAGGACGUGAAACUGUAGCUAGAGACUUGCCAAAGUGAAUUGAUUUAAAUGUCAACUUCUAUCAUGUAUUACAUAGAAUAUGUCUCCCUCCCUGGAUCACUGAGCCACGCAUGCUCCUCAUAAUUUUACAUCUUAUAUACAGUUUUACUUACAGUGUUCAUAAACUAUACAGACUGCCCAAAUAAAGAUAAAUGGAAUUUAUAUACCAGUUGAUAACCUAGAGGACUGGUUUAAGAAUUACAGGUUUGCAAAUUAAUGAAUACAGUCCUAUAUUCAAUUACCAGUGUAUUCCCCAUAUUCUGACAAGGUACUUUUUUUUAUUGUUACCAGGUUCAAUUAAUUACUAAAAUGUCCUUAUAAUUUAAGCAUCAAUUUAUAGGAAAUAAGUGUAGUGUGGUUGAUGUCUGUAGCUGCCAUUUAAGACUGCAGCAGCUAAAGUAUUACAAAAGUCAGGUAUAUCAGUGAUUGCCGCUUCAAUGCAGUGCCUGCCAAAGAGGCGGAGCCAAGUCUUCAACGUGGCCUCUUCUGUGGCACACUGCCACAAACUUGUAUGGAUGGGGCCAGAGUUUCGCAUUGUGGUAUAGCCAUGCCAACACACUCCAUGAUCAUGCCCCCUUCAUGCUGAAGCCUAAUUAUUCUCAUGGAGGCGUUCUGGUAAUAAACCACCAUUUAUGAUAGAAGUGGUGCCUUUAGCUGUGUAUUGACCCCCUUUAUACUGCCAUGGUUCAUAUCUGUUAUUUUAAAGAAGAACAGUUAUUUGAACAUAUUUUGAGCUGUGAAAUUUUAGGUAAAAGUGGUUUAAAUAUGUAAUUUCAAGGCUUGUGUGAAGGUUAGCACAUUGCCAUUCAUGACUAAGCUCUCCAGUUUAAUCUUUGUUGGUAAAAUGUAGGUGUUUAACCAUAUAACAUGGUGGAACUAUAAAACAAAAUUGUAAUAUU